CUCCCCUCCCCCAACUAGAAAGCGAGUAUCGCAGAGAAGACGAGGCAACAUGGCUCCCGGAGGUGGAAGGCAGAAGCUUCACCCGCUUUGAAGCAGUGAAGAAGAGCAGCGGAGGGCAACGGGAAAAAGAGAAGUGACUAGGAAUUGUCGUCGCUUUUACCUCCCCAGCCUCUUCUGAGUCUGGUCAGCCUCACCUCUGCUCUUCACCCGCGCCCAGUCUCCUCCCCUCCCCGCCCACGUCCCCUCGCCCCUCCCGUCGCCAACCCUUUCCCCGCCCCCCUCCCCCAUACCCCCCCGCGAAGUGCGCACGCGCCCGCCUCCAGCUUCGCGCGGGGAUCGCCGCCUGGCCCGCUUGCGCAGCCGCUGUUCCUUCUGCUCACGGAGGAAGCAUGGGCGUCCAGGGCUUCCAAGAGUUCCUGGAGAAGCGCUGUCCCGGGGCCGUGGUGCCCGUGGACCUCCUCAAACUCGCGCGCACCGUCUCGCGCCAGCAGCAGCAGCAGCAACAGCAGCAGCAGCAGCACCUGCACCGCCAGCUGCCACCAGCAGCCCUAGCGCCCGGGGCUCCACGCAUCACCAGGGGCUCUGCUCCUCUGCCGCCGCCGCUCCCGCCCGCCGCCUUUGGCGCUUACUCCGGGGGCGCGGGGCCGACUCGGCACCAUCACCCUGCUCACCAUUUCCACCAUCACGGCCAAGCGCCGCCAGGGCUGCAUCCGCCGCCGCCCCCUCCGCUGCCUGGGGCUCGGGUAUUGGUAGAUGCGGGCUCGGCGCUGCCGCGGCUCUAUGGUGGCUACCAGACGGAUUGGGUUUGUGGCGGCCAGUGGAAUGCCAUGCUGGGCUACUUGUCAGCGCUGUGCCAGGCUUGUUCCUAUCCGGGCGGCGACGGCCUGGAGCUGGUGGUCAUGUUCCCUGGGGGCCUGGGGAAAGACCGACUGGCCGAAUGGGGCCGUCGGUGCCAGGCGGAGCGGCAGACUGCGCAACUGAUCGUGGGACACGUGGGCAACAAGGGCACCCCUCCACCGCGGGCCUGGUUCCUGCCACCUGCCUGCCUGAGCCACUGCGUGAGGCUAGCACUCAUCCGCUUCCGGGUCAAGGUCUUUCAGAGCCUGGAAGACCACCAUUUGGAAGUGGUGGCUUUUUUCAGAGAAAAUGGCUUUCAUGGUCUUCUUGCUCAUGACUCGGAAUAUGCGCUCUACAAUAUUCCAUCUUACUACAGUUCCCAUGCACUGAAGCUAAGCUGGAAUGGGAAGAACCUCACAACCAACCAGUUCCUGAUGCAGGAAGUGGCCAAGCAGCUCGGUUUGAAGCGAAUAAAUUUCCCCAUAUUUGCUGCACUGCUUGGUAACCACAUUCUACCCGAUGAAGACUUGGCUGCUUUUCACUGGAGCCUUUUGGGACCAGAACAUCCUCUUGCAUCACUUAAGGUCCGAGCUCAUCAGUUGGUUCUUCCACCCUGUGAUGUCGUGAUCAAGGCUGUUUCUGAGUAUGUUAGCGCCAUCAAAGACCCCUCAAAUCUGGAUGUGGUUGGGAAGGAUGUUUUCAAACAGUCUCAGUCUAGGACAGAAGACAAAAUAGAACGAUUCAAGAAAGCAGUUGAGUACUAUUCAGUCACAACCAAAAUCUCUUCACUGCCAGUGGGUCCUUCCUUUCUAGGCUUUCGAAAUAAUCGGCUUGGAAAUCCUCCUCUUCCACGGAAUCAAAUGGGCCCUAUUUCUACUGGAAAGCCAGUGUUUUCUCGCCAGGUGCCCCAGAAAGUGAAAUAUCCUCCGCCAUUUCCAGUGGGACCCAACUCGCCUCUUCUCUUCCCUCAUGGUGUGGGGGAACCCCACGCUUUUCCUGAGGAUCCCAUGCUACAGGACAGUUCCUUUAACAACUGGGCUGUUUCUUAUGACUCUUCAGCACCCCAGUUUCCUAACUGCCUGCCUUCCAAAACUUCACCUCCUUUGGGACCAGAUUCUUCCCACUCCUCUUCCUCUGAUGCUGAUGAGGCAAAUGGAGCCGGUUCUGAUCACAUCCCAGAAGCACUUCCGCAACAGCCUGGAUGGGAAGAUUCCAGUGGUGACAGAGGGUCUUGGGUACAGCCUGCUGAUGCUGGAGUUUCAGAACCUAGCAUAAGUGAUAGCGAACCUCACAUCCCAUCUCUGUUAUCUAUGUCUACAAGGAACCACAUGGACAUCACCAUUCCACCUUUACCUCCAGUAGCUCCAGAAGUCUUGAGAGUUGCUGAACACAGACACCGAAGGGGUCUUAUGUAUCCGUACAUUUACCAUGUCCUUACUAAGGGUGAGAUUAAAAUCCCCGUAUGUAUUGAGGAUGAAUGUAACAUGGAGCUGCCUCCAGCUGCUCUCCUGUUCCGGUCAGCUCGCCAAUAUGUAUAUGGAGUUCUCUUUAGCCUAGCAGAGACACAGCGGAAAAUGGAACGUCUGGCCAUACGGCGGCGGUUACCCCUGGAAGUUCCUCCUGUGAUUCUUAAGGAAUGGUCCGCCUAUAAAGGGAAAUCACCUCAAACCCCUGAGCUGGUGUCUGCACUCACAUUUCGGGAAUGGACUUGCCCAAACCUCAAGAAGCUCUGGUUAGGCAAAGCAGUUGAGGACAAGAACAGGAGGAUGCGGGCUUUCCUGGCCUGUAUGAAGUCAGACACGCCCAGUAUGCUCAAUCCAGCCAAUGUUCCCACACACCUGCUGCUCAUGUGUUGUGUACUCCGAUACAUGGUUCAGUGGCCUGGUGGCCGAAUCCUGCAUCGCCAUGAACUUGACACCUUCCUUGCACAGGCUGUGUCUACCCAGCUUUAUGAACCAGAACAGCUUCAAGAACUCAAGAUUGAGAAACUGGAUGCUCGUGGGAUCCAGCUUGCUGCCCUGUUCAUGAGUGGGGUCGACACAGCUCUGUUUGCUAAUGACGCAUGUGGCCAGCCAGUCCCUUGGGAGCACUGCUGCCCCUGGAUUUACUUUGAUGGCAAGCUGUUCCAGAGCAAGCUCAUUAAAGCGGGCCGAGAGCGAGUGUCCCUGAUUGAACUCUGCGAUGGCCAGGCUGACCUGGCAAGCAAGGUGGAAAAGAUGAGGCAGAGUAUCCUUGAAGGCGUCAACAUGAAUCAUCCACCACCUUCUGCUCUACUUCCGUCACCUACAUUUGUGCCUCCCAUGAUGCCCCCCCUCUACCCUGUUUCUCUUUAUUCCAGAGCUAUGGGCUCAUUUCCACCUCCCCCUCAAGCAAGGAGUCGGGGCUUUUCAGGUCUCCAUCCAAUCCCACCCCAAGGAGGAAAACUGGAAAUUGCUGGGAUGGUGGUGGGCCAGUGGGCUGGCAGCAGAUCUUCUAGAAGUCGAGGAUCCUUUGGCAUGCAAGUGGUUUCUGUCGGUGGGCCAGGAAAGGGGCAUGGAAAAGAACAGACUGGUAGAGGAUCCAAAGGUCACAAAAAAGGAAAUAAACAAGGCUCUUCAGAUGGAAUUUCUAAAUCCGUGGAGCUUCAUCAAGGUCGGGCCCGCUCCCAGGUGAAUGGAAACAAUAGCACAUUGAUUAUGGAAGAGAAGAGUGAUCAUCUUCCAGCUCCAUCACAAUGUGCCUUAUCUAAAGACAGUAACGUGUGUAAUAAUGAUGACCACUGCCUCCCCGUGAAGAAUGGAGAGAAGAGCCAGGUGCAAGAGCAAGAGAAAGAGCAAGAAAAAGAGCAAGAGCAAGAGAAAGAGACUGUGGCCCAAGAGAAAGAGGAAUGACAAACUGAAGAUAGCUUCACUUGUCAGGAAGAGGAGAAAACUAUACUUUUCUGAUUCUAGGCCCAAGUUAGAGGAGGAUAUAAAUGUUUCCCCUAGGUUUAUCCAGGAUUUUAAGGGGAUACACAUUUAUUGUGUCCAUCUUUCCUUCCCUAUCUUCUCUGGCUCCAGACUUAGAACCUUGGAGAUUUCUGGCUAAAGAUUAAUAGCAGCAACACUAAACUCAGAUUCUCAAAUACAUAGCACCAACAUUUUCCUUCUAUUUCCUGGAAGUCUGGUGAGGCAGUAACUGUCAGGAAGCAGAUGUUAUCGUGUAAGUCCUAUGGAAAAGUUCUGGCUUUGGUUUUCUGAGUAUUUAAUAUAAUACUCAUUUAUAAAUGUCAAUGAAAAUAAGGGGUUUAAAGGUAAGCUAUCUAUGGCUUCCUCAUUUUUUUUUUUGUCUUUAAGGUAAUGGAACCUUGAUACCUAGAUACCUAGUCAGUGUCCUCCCUUCUCUUUCCCCCAACUAACCCACCCCAGGAUUUUGUGUACCACCUCUAGCUUUGGCCUGACAAUCAGAUAGGUAGAUGUUUUCAGGGAAGUAGACAGUGUUGGUUUGGGUUAUUUUAUUUAAUUUUUUUAUUUUAUACACUUAAAAAAAACUACAAUGGCCUUUGUACUGGGAGAUUCAAGUGAGUCAGAAAAGUACUGGGCAGAUUUUUCCUGCCUCCCAACCAGUGCAUUGUUUAUAAAGUAGAAGAUAUGGUGCAGUUCACCCACUAUCUGCUGCCCACACUCUAAAAGGGUGGGAAUCAAUGUUAUGAAACUGAGUACAAAAGGGACUCAAAAGACUCUAUGUGUGUGUACAUGUGUAUAGGCGUGUGUGUGGGUGUAUAUAUGAACAUGUGUAUCUAUAUGCAUACACAUACCCUUUAUAUAAGAGACAGAUCUAUUUAUCUAUACAUAUUUUAUAUAUAUAAAUGUGUGUAUACAGAUAUAUAUAUACACAUACAUACAUGGUAAAGUUCCAAAAGAUUUACUGAAUUUCCCAGAAAUGCUUCCACUGCUAUGGAAUGGUGGGUUUCAAAAGACCAUACUUCAAAUCUGAAAUCCUUGCUAAGUCACAGCCUAUCACAAUUCUGAGAAGAUAGGCUACUCUAAAUCAGACACAAAGUACUUUCCAGAGAUUGCCUGUUCAGAACAACAAAUACUUCACUUUGAACAGAGCCCUCACAUCCCAUAUGCUAAGAACAGGAGGUUGAAAUGGGAUUGGGAAGAGUUGUACAUUUUUAUGAAGGUUUGGAGAUAGAAAGGGAUAGGAAGUGAUUACCAUUUGAAAGGGCUUUCAGCCAAUUUGAAAGAUAUUUCUUGUGGAACUCCAGGAUCAAAUUGGCUUCAGCAAGAAUUGAUUGACAUGACUCUAAGGAGGGAAAAUUAGCACUGGAAUGAUGGGGUGGGGAGAUGUGAGGAAAUUGGACAAUUUGAUUUUACAUGCGUAGAUUGUUUCAUUUAUUCAUUGACAUUUUAACUACAGGAUCUUUUCAUUUGCUUUGCAAGGAAGAUGUCAGAGAACUUGGCCUGGGAUUUGAGAGGUAUUCUUUAGAAGAUUCUCAGUCCCUGUGGGGCCAAGGUCUGCCCAGGAUAAAAAAAAAAAAAGGUUCUUCCUCCUUGCUGGAGAUAAUCUUAAGAAAACCUUGAUUUCCAGCUUCCCUCAUUUUGGGCAGCCAAAAUGCAAGGGAUGGAAACAUGGCUUAUAACAAACUAGUAGUAUAUCUUCAUUCGGGAAUUGAGGCUUCUAGCCACACACAGCUCCUUUUGGACUUUGAUAUUCUUGCCCAAGAAAUAUCAUUUCUACAAGAAUAUAACUGACUAGACUCCUAGCAGGAUUCUCUCUUUUGGGG